AUGGCCUCUGGCUCUGCUGCCACCACCUUAGCUUCCAUUGCAAACGAUGCUUGGGAUGAUAUCGUUGAACUUUGUCGGAGCAAGCUCAGCGAAGAGGAUUUCGAGAACGUUUCAAGUGUAGGGUCUCUCGAAGGCUUGAUUGCUUACAGCAAAGCUCUGCUCGAGGAUUGUCAGAAUGAUCCAAGAGCAUAUGAUAUCGGAAGGCUGAACGGCUUCAUUGCUCAGCUUCGCACAUUCAACGGCACCUUUGAGCAUAUGCUUCGCGCCAACCCGUCGGUCACAGCCCCUCUUUGGGGGAGUAUUCAACUAUGCGUUCAGCUCGUUCAGGAGGGCGCAGACGUCCUCCGAAUUAUAGUUGACAUGUUUACCGACGUCAACUAUGUACUACCCCGCAUCGAUGUGUACAGCAAAACCCUCAGCAGUCGCAGUGAAUCUCUGACAAGGUCAACUCUUAUGCUUUUGAUAGCAGAAUUCGCAUGCCUCGUUAUAGUGUACUAUCGUGAGAAUCCAAUCAGAAAUAUUGUUGUAAUCACGUGGACACCGUUUCGGCCAGUCUUUGAACGAAUCGUUGCCCGCAUCCAGCAGACGGCGCGGCAUAUCGAGUUUGAGGCGCAUGCUCUUGCGAUGCAGGACAGCACCACACGCUAUGAGGAAUUAAAACGUCUCCUCACCUCAGUGCAGAAGGAUAAACCUGAGCCCAAAACUUCUUGUUUCUGUGUGUCCCGGCCGCGCAAUCCAAAAUUUGUGGGCCGAGAAGGAAUCCUAAAGGAGAUGGAUACAGCCCUCAAUCCUCGGCAUCACAAAUCAAAGAAACAAACUGUUUACUCGUUGUUCGGCCUUGGAGGUGUUGGGAAGACACAACUUGCACUAGAGUAUCUUUACGUGCAUAAAGAUGAGUUUCCGGUCAUUAUUUGGCUCUCAGCAGAAACGACUCAGAAACUAGACCAAGAUAUCCGAGAAGCUACCUCAAGACUCGGCUUGGUUCUUGAACAGGACAAAGAAACUGAAAGUAAACUACGGGCAGUUCUCAAAACAUGGCUGAAGGAAACAGACAUACCAUGGCUCCUGGUAUUUGAUAACGCUGAUCAACCAAAGCUUCUCCAAGAGUAUUGGCCCGUCGCUGAACAUGGUUCUAUUCUUCUGACAAGCAGAAAUCCUGCUUCGGCAAGAAUUCGUGCCAGUGGCUAUCCCAGUAAAGGCAGGCAGAUCACGCCCCUGAACGAAGAGGAGGGCGCGGGCCUUUUACUCAGUCUACUGCAGGAUGAUGAUAACCAAGAGGAUUUUAUGGAGCAGGAUCUUUCGGAGGUAGAGCCUAGCGAAAGCACAUAUUCCCUCGCCUGCAGAUUGGCGGAAGAGCUCGGUGGUCUCCCCCUUGCGAUCGAUCAAAUGGCAAGCUAUAUACUCGAAACUGGCUCGUCAUUAGCUAGCUUUUUAGACGUUUUCCUGUCCUUCCAAAACAAGUCGCACUUCCUUCUGGAGUCCUCAAACCCCAAUUUGGACUUGGGUUAUUCUCAUUCUAUGUCGACCGUUUGGGAAGUAUCGCUUUCACGGGUUACAUCCAAUGGAAGACACCUCCUCGAGCUGCUCGUAUUUUACGAUCCGGAUUCUAUUCCGGAAAGUCUAUUCGUCGAUGGUGCAAAAUCACCUCCAGUCAACACGCCACACGACCUGGAAUGGCUCGCUAAUAAAUUACAGUUCAUGGAGGCCUCCAAAAGCCUCUUCGAGCAAAGCUUAGUCACCAAAAAUAAGGGUCACUCGGCGUUCGUACUCCACAGGUUAGUUCGCACCGUGACCCUGACAAAGAUGGAGGCGGAGGACAGACAGGCUCGCUUCAACGAGGCUGUCCAUUUGAUACACCGCGUCUGCCCGCGUCUGUCUCCCGACGAGUCGUACUUGAAUCGACACUGGCCAACGAUGCGCCUCUACUUGCCUCACAUACUUGCCCUCGAGAGCCAAUACCGAGAGCAAGGGACGUUCGCACCAACCGCGGAGCUUGCAGAUAUUCUGACCAGUGCUGCAUGGUUCUUAAUGGAGCAGGCUCAACUGCGGCAGUCGCUCGAGAUACUUGCCACCGCAAAAUCGGUCGGGCUUGCGACCAAAACCGGCAACGAGUUCAUGGCCGCCCAAAUCUACGUGCUGUAUGGUGUCAUCUACGUCGACAUUCAGGACCGCGACAAAGCUUUCAAAGCCCUUUCCACGUCCCUGGACAUUCUGAAGGAGACGGACGGUUGUGAUGAGCUCGCACUGGCUGCAGGCUACAACGGAUUCGGGUACACUGCAAUGACUAUGGGCAACUUCGAUGUAGCCGACGAGUAUCUGAAGAUGAGCGUUGGGCUGCGGGAAAAACAUCCUUCGAGAAAUCCUGGUAUGCUCGGUAUCUGCUAUAGCAAUAUCUCUUGUCUCCGCUGGGCCCAAGGACAAUACGAAGACUCGUUGCGAUUUGCAGAAAUUGCGAUACCGCUGUGCGAAGGGGCUUACGGUGUUGCUGGCGAAAAAACUGCGCAGCCAUAUUGGCGAAAGGGAAAUACGCUCAUCCGGCUUGGGAGACUGGAAGAUGCGUUUACGGCGCAUAUGCGAGCCCUGGACAUCCGAAAGGAGGCGACCCCCGGUGGUUUCAAGUUUGCUGCCUCUCUUCACAAGGUCGCCUGGAUUUUCGCGCAACAGGGCGAUCACGCGAGUGCAGAGUACGUCCCUGUUCCACGCGCUCUGUUGUCCAAAGCCAUAAGCAUCUAUGAGGCAACUGAUGAAAGAAAAGGAGAACUUGCUCGAUCAACGUAUCUCAUGUCAGCGGUCUUGAAAGGGAUGGGGAAAACCGAAAAUGCGGAAUAUGCGAAAGCCGUCGCAGCCCAGCUGCGCAAAGGUCUAACAGGUCUCCAGUCGGAGGUGAAUGAUAAUCAAGAGUCGUACGAUCUACUUGUAUCAUUAUUAGAGCGUUAA